UUUAUUGCCGAGGUUUGACAGCAGUAGGAGAAAACCUAACAUUUAACACAAUAACAUAAGAAUAAAACAGCAUUUAAGAUGUAUUUGAAUUGAAGGAGGAGAAAAUGUGAGUAAAGAGAUCUAUAGAUGUUCUUAAGUUUGUCACAUCAAAACAAUGUCCGAUAACGAGGACAAUGUAGCAUCAGAUCCAGAAGAUAGUUGUCAACCAGAAUCUGUAGCAACAGGUGCUUGUGGUGGAGAUUUUUUACGUCCCAUUUCACCCAACAGCGAUUCAGCAGAUAAUUUAAGUCUUGAAGUUCAAUUUGAAGAGGAAAGUUCAAGACACCCAAGUGAACUUAGUUCAAUAUCCUAUCAGAAUUUGUUGGAUGACGGUGAUGGAACUGGACUCUCCAGACAUGAGAGUGAAGAUAGUGCUGACUCAUUACCCCCAGAUUUUACUGAUAUUUAUCAGCAGGAUGAAAUAACACAAAUAGACAUACGUGAUUUGCAAACCAAAACAAAUGAAAAAUACAAGAAAAGCUGCUUAAAUGCAAUUGAAUUAAAGUCUCAAUGUGAAUCUGAAAAUAUCGAUAAACUUACUAUUGAAGUGUCAAAAAUGAAAGAUCUGAUUCAGGUAGAUUCAAAAGAAAGUCAAGACAUUAAUAUGGAGUCAGAAAAAGAAAGUAAGAAUCAUUCAGCUGUUCAAAAAAGAAACAGUUUGGAAAUUAGAAAUAAUAUUCCAGUUAAGGGCGAGGUAAAAAGCUACAAUAAAGAUCUAGACAAUUUAAUCAAAUAUAAUUCACAAGGUGCAAAACCGAAAAUUAAAAAGAAAUCCCCAGGUGUAGCUUGUCGUAUUGGUGACAGUGGCAGUGAUCGGGAAGGAUCCAGUUCAGAAAGAGAUAUCCCUUUGAAGAAACAGUAUACAGAUGUAUCAGAAUGUGAAAUUCAGCCUCAUUUCACCAAGCACGAUUCAUUUCAUAAACAUGAUAAAGAAAAAGAAUCAUUAGACACCAAAAUAUUAUCAGAAUUUGAAAAUUCAAAUCCAAAGCAGUUAGAAAACUCUAAAAAUGUUGAAAUCAUUAAUGAAUAUGAUUACGUGAAGUAUUCUCGAGUUCAGGAUGGUGAUUCGUAUGUAGGAAUGAGGCUAGCUUAUUCAAGUACUGAAGAUAAAGAUAAAAACAAUGUGAAUGGAAUUUUGCCUACAGAUGAUGAUAAUUCUAGAGAUGCUUCCCCUGAUAAAACUGUAAACAUUAAACAGGAAUUAUCCAUUCUAGAAACUAUACAAAAUUUAAAUGAAGACACGCUGACAGAAAUCCCAUUGAAUAACAAUGACGGAUUUUGUAUGGAUGAUCAGAAAGCAUUUUCAUUGUCACCAGAGAACACUGAAUGUGAUAGUGCGGAGGUAGAAAGUGUUGUUUCGGAUGAUGACAAGUCAAAUUUAGGAAUGCCAAAUGUUGAAGAUGGUUUAUCUAGUAGUCAAACAAGUGAUGUUGAAGAUGCCCCACCAAGUAGUACACACAAAUCUCCUACACAUUUAUUACGCAAAAAACAGUCACAAGUUGUAGACGAACAGUUGUCUAAUAGUGAAAAUAUUACAAAAGCUAAAGAAAUUGAUGCUUCUGCAAUAAUGGAGGAUUUGAAAGCAAAACGUGAGGCAUUAGACUUAGCCAUAGCUGAUAUUAAAUCUACUAUUCAUUCAAGUAAAGAAAAAAUCAAGUAUACACCCCAGUCUGAUGAAGAUCCUGAACCAGUUUGGAUAAUGAGAGAAAAUUCCCAUGACAAAAAAGAAGACAGAGUGAGACAGUCUAAUCAUUCUUCUGAAGGAAUUUACAGUGAAAUUCAUGAUAAAGAUAAUGAGGAGAGUGGAGAAACAAACCAGCUGUUAGACAGUCAAACCUAUAAAUCUGAUGGUAGACUUUAUCAUGCUGGUAAAGGCUAUGACUCAGAUGAUGAAGAAGAUAAUAAUACAAAAAGCACACGUCGAAUCCGUGGCAAAAAGUAUGUCUCGCUCCCAAAAGACGAUUCAUUUGAUCAGCAUAGUCACAGAGUUAACGGUGCAAAUGGUCAUCACGUGAAUAAUCACCAAAAAUCAGAAUCUGUUGAAUAUUAUAUUAAAAAGACUCAUGAAGGGUCUGAGACUGAUUCUGAAUAUGGUAGUGAUAAAGAAAGUCCAUCCAAAACAAGUUACGUUAAGGAACGUCAGCCUGGAGAUUAUGAUACAGACGAAGAAACCGAUCAUCUUUUACAGAAACAGUAUCAGAAAGAUCAAAAUGUUGACAUUCCAGAACUGUCACAACCCCCGGUAAAUAGAAGUGCUCAGGCUGAGAAACGUAGAUCUCGUGCUAAAGAAGGUGAGAGGCAGUCAUCUUCUGUUUAUGAUCCUGAAAAUCCAUCAGUUUUGAUAGAGGGAGUACUGUUUAGAGCUCGUUACUUAGGAUCUACACAGCUGAUCUCUGAGGGACAGCCAUCAAAAGCCAUGAGGAUGAUGCAGGCUCAAGAAGCUGUAGGAAGAAUAAAGGCCCCAGAAGGUGAGAAUCAACCUAGUACUGCUGUUGACCUGUUUGUCUCUACAGAAAAGAUUAUGGUCCUUAAUACAGAUUUACAGGAGAUAAUGAUGGACCAUGCUUUACGAACUAUAUCUUAUAUAGCCGAUAUAGGGGACAUAUUAGUAAUAAUGGCAAGACGAAGGAUACUGUCAAGUCCUGGAGAAGAUUCUUUACGGAAAAAAAAACAGGCCAAAAUUUUGUGCCAUGUAUUUGAAUCAGAUGAGGCUCAACUGAUAGCCCAGUCCAUAGGUCAAGCCUUCCAGGUGGCUUAUAUGGAAUUUCUGAAGGCCAAUGGAAUAGAAGAUCCUGGUCUUAUGAAAGAAAUUGAUUAUCAAGAUGUCCUCAAUCAACAAGAAAUAUAUGGGGAGGAAUUAAAUCUGUUUGCCAAUAAAGAGAAACACAAAGAGGUGAUAGUACCAAAGGUGAAAGGUGAAAGUUUAGGUGUAGUUAUAGUAGAAUCAGGUUGGGGAUCAAUGGUUCCUACAGUGGUAGUAGCUAACAUGGCCCCCACUGGUCCAGCAGCUCGAUGUGGCAUGAUGAAUAUUGGUGAUCAAAUUAUUUCUGUCAAUGGUGUCAGCUUGGUCGGCUUACCAUUGUCAUCAUGUCAAAAUUACAUAAAGAGUUCAAAACAACAAACUGUUGUGAAGUUAUCUGUUGUACCGUGUCCACCUGUUGUAGAAGUGUUAGUGAAACGACCUGAUGUUAAAUAUCAGCUGGGAUUCAGUGUACAGAAUGGUGUGAUAUGCAGUUUAUUACGAGGAGGCAUAGCUGAGCGAGGCGGUGUUCGAGUCGGACACAGAAUUAUAGAAAUAAAUAACCAAAGUGUUGUAGCAGUACCUCAUGAAAAAAUUGUCUCAUUAUUAGCUAAUUCUGUUGGAGAGAUUCACAUGAAGACAAUGCCUACUUCUAUAUUUAGACUGUUGACUGGACAAGAAACCCCACAUUAUAUGUAGUUCAUAUUAUUUCAUAAAACAACCAUUUUCUAUUUCAUUCAAGUUCAUAUUUAGUCAUUAAAAACCAACCAUUUUAUUUCAUUCACUUUUUUGUCACAAAAUAUCAUGAAGUUGAUAGAUAAUAGAUCCUGCAUUUUUCUCUGUAUUUGCUGUAACUUUAAGCUUCUUCUUUGUAAGCACGUUUAUAUCAAACAAAAUGAAAAUCAUUUUUCAGUUUAUAUCAUAUGUUAUGAUUAUCAAGAAUGUGACAUGCAACAUCGUGUAAGAUUUUCUGGUUUCCUGCAUAGAGUAAAAUAACUGUAAAUUGCAGUAUUAUAAUCUAUUUGGCGAAGGAGUACAGCAAACUAUCUCCAAAAGCUUUUUUUUUUUGGUUCGGAGCAGAUAAUAAUUUACAAUCCAAUAUAAGAAAAUUGAUUAUUCAUUUAUUUAGUUGAUUUGGUGUGUUUUUCACCGUCAAACAAUAGUUUUUUAUUUACAAUCCAACCAGAGAAUUAUCAACAUAGAGUCAAAUCUGUAAUGGUUGUGAUGAGUUAUGGUCAAGUAUUUAUGAACAGGUCAAAAACAUGUAAGAACAGAGAGCUGUGCUAUAGCAAUAUGUGAAGAGUUGAGCAGAGUGAUUCAGGCUAUGAGGCAUAAGGAAGGACAAUAUUUAAGUUUUUAGGGUUAUUUUGAAACUUGGAUGAAACUCUGUAUGAACCAUAGAUAAUAAUCUUAGCAAAUUUAAUAAAAUAAUAAUGUUCAAGUAAUUUAUUUUCUGAAAACCAGAACAAUCCUUUAUCAAUGGAAUGUAAAUAUAUUAAGUAUAAAAAAUAGUUUUACUUUGCCAGUCUAUGUGCAGUGGACAUUAUUUUCAUUAUGACUGAUGUCAACAAAUUAAUUUUGAGGUAUAUUCUAACUCAAAUUACAGAAUAUUCAUGUCUACCAUAGACAACAAAAAACAUGGUGAAAAAAUGACAAAGUUUUUUGAUAUCAUCAUAUACAAAAUGAAUUUAUUCUUAACAGCAAGAUAUUAAACAAAUAAAAUGAACAAAGAAUGAGGCUGACAAAAAUUUUUAAUGUUUCCGUACUUAAGAUUUUUAUAUUAGCAAAAAAAAAAUCUUGUAUUUCUUUCUUGAUUCUUAAAUUGAUACAUGUAAUGUAUUUUACACCUUUAAAAUUUUUACUCAACCUAUCCAAACUUCAUGAUAUUUUUGUGACAUUUCUAUGAUCUGAACAGUUAAUGUAAUGUGUUCUGUUGAAUAUUUGGUGAGGUUUGAGAGUGCAUAGUUUCUAGUUUAUCUAAAUUAAGAAAUUUAUAAACCAAGCCAACUCCUAUUUUUUUCCCUCAAUAUGAUCUGGUCACAAGUCAUCAUAGAUAACCACCAAUAUUAAAUUUGUCAGUAAACAUUAUGGCUUUGCAAUAGUAUGUUCCACUCAUAUAAAUAAUAGAAAAGCAGGUUAAACAUUAUCUACAAAUAUCAUGAUUAUGGGAAAUGGUGAUGAGUUUUUUGGAAGCUUUAAAAGUUUAAUCAUAUAUAUUGCUUGUUAUGAUUUAAUACUGACUGAAGCAAUCCAUGAAAUUGAAACUUCCUGAAAUAUAAUUAAUAAUAAUCUUGAUAGGUUGGAGAUACAGAGUAAGAUGGCACAUCAAUUUGUUUUAAUAACUUCAGUAUUUUUUGACAGCAUUAAAAUACCUCUAUUCUGACACGGCAUUGUGAUACAGUGCUUUAUGACACUUCUGUGUUUUCUUACUGGCCACAACUUUCAUAGAAGCAAGACUUAGGUGUGCAGUUUCCAGCAACAAUUUUUAAAGUUUUUAAUUAAGUUGCAUAGGCGAGACAUAUCUUUGUGUUUUAAACAAUUCACAUUCAUACCUAAAUUAACUUUGCCCAUCAGCCAAGUUCCUGAAUUGAUAAGAAAUGAUUUAUGGUUGUGUUGUGACAAAUUGUUUGUUUUCAGUUUAUGAUACAAAAUAAUGCUGCUUUUAAUUAGUAGAAAUCUACAAAUGUAUCCAAAGUUACAUGAUACAAAUGCUUUAAUGCCAAAUAUUGUUUUGAUUUGUGUAUUUUUACAGUGCUUUUGUGACGUUUUUGUUCAUAUUUUAUUUCUUCGCAAUGAUGUUUAGUAAAAUAUUACACUUUUUUAUUACUAUUGUAAUAAGGGAAUUUGUACUGUAGUUGAUCAUGUGAUCACUAAAGAUUACUAUUGUAAUAAGGGAAUUUGUACUGUAGUUGAUCAUGUGAUCACUAAAGAUUACAUAAUUUAUUACAUAAUUUCACUGUAAACUUGAAAUAAUAACAUAUAAUUUGAAUAUUGCAAUACAAUAUGUACAGUGCAUGGACAUAAGUAUUUGUCACUUGCCAUUUUUCACAUUAUAUUUCUAUACCGAUAAAAUCAUGUUUUUUCAACAAGUUAUUAGGGGACAUUUCUGGUAGGAUUUUAUUGGACUUUGCACAGACUGAAGUAGAAUUCUCACACAAAUUUGGGUAUAUUUUUUAAUUUAUUGAUGAUAAAAACUCAAUUUUUUUUUGUCUGAAAAUUUGCUAAAUAUUUCAACCAAUUUAAAUAGUAAAAAAAUAUUAUGUGUGUUCACAUCAUUAAAGAAGGAAAACAACUGAAGACAAAUUAUGACCAAAUAAAAAAAUUGUAAGUGAUGAUACUUAUGUGCAUGGACUGUAUAUAAAUGCAUCUAACAGCCAAAUUUUGAUAAGGUACACAAUUCUGUCAUUACCACAGGUUUGAAAAUGGUACAAGUACCUUAAAUUUAAAAAAAAAAAUGUAUUUUUAAAACAUGUAAAAUAAGACAUUUAUAAAAGUUAUUUUUUUUUAAAAAGGAUUUCUUCCCAGAAAAAUAGAUUAUUGCUAAGUCUUUUUAAAAAAAAUUUACAAACUAAAACUUUCUUGCUUAAGUAGAGCAACAAUUUAAGGAUAUUGGAUGAACCUUUUUUUGGAUCAAAAUGAAGAGAACUGCAUUAUAUGUGUAUAAUUAAUCAUAUGAUGUUAUGUAUAGCUGUAAACAAACAAAAAAGUGUUUUAACUAUUAAAAACUGAAUAAUUGGUUUUUUACCUAAGUAUAAUGUAAUAUGUAUGUGGUAACUGCUGUGAAGCAGACUGUGAUGUACAAUAUGUGUGCCAGUGUUGUAUUCUUUACCAUGCAUUUUAUAUGUACUUAAAGGGCCAGAUAAUGGCAAAUACCAUAACACUCUAGAUGUGGCAAUCUUUAUAAAAUGCUAGAUUAAAAAAUGACAAAAACUGAGUACUGAAAAUUCAGAAAUUUUUGUGAUGUUUUUUUAUUGUGAAAAUAGCGACGACAUAAAAUCUUGCAUCUUAAAUUUUGAUAGCAUUAUUUGCAUGCAGCUUUUCUUGAAACUGUUCAACAAAGGCAAUAAUAAAUGCAAGCAGUAAUUUCUGAAUUUACAGUCAUUUUUGUACCUCUGUGUAUUCUAGUUUCUUUUUAUCAAUUUGUUUUUAUAACAGUGCUUAAAGUUAAGGGAUUUGAAUUUGGUAGGGGGAGGUAAUUAUUGGAAUUUUUAUGAAUCAGAAAAACAGACAAUUUGCUGCUGAACAGCUGUCUACUGCCUGAGACAUUGUUGUGUCUGAUUUAAAAUAAUAUCUGUGAUAACCCAUAUUUGUGCAAUUUGAUUGAUAUUAUUUUGAUUGUUAAAAGAUAAGCCAUACAAAAAGAAAAGUAUGCAAUUAGUGCUAGCCAUAAACACUGAAAAAAACUUUAAAUCUUUCUCUUUGAAAUCUUACUGGUAAGUGAAUUUUAUAUUACUUCAUUUGAAUAGUAUGAAUUAAUAGAGAUCUGGGAUAAAUGUCAAUGAGUACAUUGAAGGUGUUCAAUCAGGGACAUACAUCCUCACUAUUUGAAAAGCUUUUAAUGUCCCUGGCCUGUCUCUUAACAAGAUGUGAAUAUACAAAUAAACGACAAUACAUUGUAUAUAACAUUAAAAUAUUUGUUUUUGCUUUGAUAAGUAUAUAAAAUAAAAGUAUGAUAUGAGAAUUUAGUGAUUUUCCUUUAACAUUUUGAUAAAAAAAAAGUUUUAACUGUCCAAAGAAAUAAGAGGCUCUACAAAAGCUUUAACCAACAAGGUUGAAUUGCUUAUAGUUUAAUUAAGUCCUAAGUGUGAUUUUGAUACAUAUUAAUAAAUAAAAACAGAUUUAGGAUAGAUUAUGUUUUGAAAUAGUUCUGUACAUGUACUUCAAUAGAUUUCAAAAUCUAGAAUUCUGCAUUAUAAUCUAUUGCAUAUUAAAAUAUGUAAAAAAAAUAAUAAACCAGUUGUAUGCUAAAAAUAUAAAUUUUAUUUUAUUUUCUACAAAUAUUAGAUAUAAGCUAUUAUUUUAUAUUAUGUGUAACUUUUAUGUUUUAAUAGCAAUAUAUUUGUAUUUUCUGUUUAAUUUAAUGUGAUUAUCUCCCUUUCUCUGUUUAUAUCUGUCUAAAUCACAACAAUGUUUUCCAUCAUGUAUAUGUUAUAUUGUGAUAUGAUUUAAUAUAUUCUAGUCUAAUGAAUGUGAUGUAUGAAAGGUUACAAGAUUUCUUUUUAACUUGAGCAGAAAAUCUGUUCACAGCAUUGUUACAGUUCAUUUUGUAUUGACCAGUCAAAUGCAUGUAGUAUAUUUAAAAAAUAUGCUACUUCAUGUAUGUAUUGCCAAUAUUAAGUUAAUAUUUCAAGGUAUCGGUAUUGAAUUGACAUUAUAAUGUCAUAAAAAAACAGGAUGGAAUAAAGUUAUUUACAAAACUUUGAUAAACUUCAGAUUUACUCUAAAAAAAAAUGGAAAUUGCAUAUAAUUAGAAUGUUUCCAUUAUCUGUUUAUAUAUGCAUCUUAAUUUUCAUGUUGUAUGUACAUUAUACCACUGCAUUGAAUGUGAUAGCAAAUUUCUCCAUUUGAGACAGUUAAAUUGUUGAGAUGGUAAAAAUCAUAUCAUAAGAAAUACAGUGCUGGAAUCUUUUUCUCUUAUGAUUUUAAGACAAUAUGUAGGCAAAACUUAUAACCUUUUGUAUUUUUUCUGAGAGAUGCAUCAUGGUUGCCUUUAGUGACUUCUUAAUAACAAAAUCAGGGGAACACAAGACAAUCAUAAUUCAAUUGGUACAGAUACCUUGUCUUGUUUAGAACUGUUUGUGGUUCUUUUGAAGGUUAAGAAAUGCAUUGUGAUUCUGUCUUCAAAAAACCUUUUAUUCUUAUAGCUCAAAUGAUGACCACUGUGAUCCUGCAUGUAGUGUUAGGAAAUAUAUGAAACCAUUUCUGUGUGUCUACAUUGAGGUUGUAUCUUUAUUUGUUUGGUAUGUUAUCAGCUUAUAAGUAAUGCAUUUUCCAAAUUUUCUGUUUAUAUGAAAAUUAUUUUAAAAUGGGCAUACAAUACAUUUUUGUUAAAUUCAUUUUUUUUUCAGCAUGAAUAGAAUGAAUGAUACAGGUGCAUAGAUUAAGAAUGAUUAAACAAGGAAAUGUUUAAGCUUGAUGGACAGAAAAAUGAAUGCUCUUUUUAUGGCUUCUCCAAAAAAUAUAAACAUGGCAUAUAUAGUUGAUACAAUAGAUAAGUUUGUUCAGUAUGAAAAGAAUGACUGAUCCAGAUGCAAAGAAUGAGAAUGAUAAAACAAGGAAAUUAUUUUGCUUCUUGUGGAUAGGAAGUUAUAUUUGUAACUGCUGGCAUACAAAUAUUGCAUAUUAUAUGACCGAAACAUAUAACAGCAAGAGAUCUUUGAAAACAAAUCUGAAAACUACAAUGUUCCAGUAUGUAAUAGUGAUAUUUACUUAAAAAUACAUUUCUGAUAUAUGUGUAACAUUCCAGGGAUGCUUUACAUGUGUUUGUGUGGUGAAUGCUUGGAUUGUGCUAUUAUUUAACAUGUUUUAUCUUUUGAAAUAAAGUCAAUUGUCAAACUACAA